AUGAAAUUGAUGCUCUGGUCAUUACAUCUACGAGAUAUUAAAGAAACAGGAUCAGAUAUAUUCAUAGGUACACCUGAACGUUUACAUGAUUUGAUAGUUGAUAGAAAUACUAGAACUAUGGUGGCUGAGGUGACUGAUAGUUUAAAUGAGAUUGUAUGGGCUGUAUUAAGAAAUCCGGCUAGAGUUGUAGUUAAAAAUGAAGAUGUUGUAUCAAAAGAUGAACAGAGAAUACUUACUAUAUUACAUACAGAUUAG